AUGUUCAGAACGCCAAGAGAACUUACCCCAUCAUCGCUAAAAUACAAGCCUGCGCCAGAACCAGCGCCUCAACAAUUCCGAGCCAAGUUUAAUAUUGGCGAGAACACCAAAGAUGCGGUCUACGCGGAUGCCGAACUCAGAUUCCAAGAGCUCGAGAAGGAGACGAAGAGGCUCCACGAUGAGAGCAAAAAAUACUUCGAGGCCAUAAAUGGCAUGCUCAGCCACCAGAUCGAGUUCAGCAAAGCCAUGACCGAAAUUUACAAGCCCAUAUCAGGUCGCAUGUCCGACCCCGACAGCUUCAAGGCUGAGGGUAACCCCGAGGGCAUUCGAGCCUGCGAAGAGUACGAAGCCAUCGUCAAGGAUCUGCAGGAGACCCUCCAACCAGAGUUGGAAAUGAUCGAUGGCAGAAUCAUUCAGCCCGCCAACGAGCUCCUCGAUGUCAUCAAGGCCAUUCGCAAGACCGUCACGAAGCGCGAACACAAGAAGCUCGAUUACGACCGCCACCGUGCGACUCUCAAGAAACUACAAGAUAAGAAGGAUCGGAGUGCAAAGGAUGAGAAAGCCAUGUGGAAAGCUGAGAACGAUGUGGAGCUGUCGACGCAAGAGUUCAAUUACUUCAACGACCUGUUAAAAGAGGAGCUGCCGAUGCUCUUUACGCUUGAGCGAGACUUCAUCCAGCCGCUGUUUCAGUCCUUCUACUACAUGCAGCUCAAUAUAUUCUACACAUUGCACAUCAGGAUGCAGGAGUGUGACAUUGGCUACUUCGACCUUACCCUCGAUGUCGAGGAAGCCUUCCACAAGAAGCGCGGCGAUAUUCAGGAGCAGGCCGAGAAACUUUCCAUUUGCAAGUUCAAGACUACGGGUCAGAGACGCCCUCCCAAAUACGGUGCCAAGCCUGGGGCCAUAGAAGCUGGUGCCUCUUCGACUACCCCCAGAAUCGCAUACAGCCAUAACUCGGAUGUCAUCGAUAAUCCUCCACCUCCAUACUCACCGAACCCCGUGUCGUCCGCCCCCGUCAGUCCCAGUCUUGCAGCUAUGGCGGCCGCGAAAUCGAAGCCUCCUCCGCCCAAACCAAAACCCAAGCGUUUCAGCGCUGCCCCUACACCGGCUGUUGAAACCGUCACUGCUCUCUACGACUUUGCAGCGCAGGCCGAGGGAGACCUCUCCUUUAGGGCUGGAGACGUGAUCCAGAUUGUCAAGAGGACAACGAAUGAAAAUGAGUGGUGGACAGGAAAGCUGAAUGGCAAACAGGGUGACUUCCCAGGAAACUAUGUGAGGCUAAAUUAG